AUGCGUUGCUGUUCAUCUGGGUUGUCCAACGCAUGCGGCGUACUCCACCAGUGGCGGGUGCCGAUUGCUGAGCCCGCGAAGACCCUGCCGACACCAAGGCAGCUGGUGGGGAUGAUGGAUGCGAGGAGCUGCUGGGUGGUCGUGCAGCACGACCGCCCUGGCGACCUCCAGGCAGCUUGCGCGUUCCAUUGCAUCCCAGGCGUCAGCGGGAGACGCCCAGCCGCGCCGCUGAGUCCAUGUGCACAAGCGGGCCUUGGCACCUUCAAUUUUUGCCGAGGCACGGCACUACACCUCUUGCAAGGUGCUACUACUGCGCCGACGUAG